AGACUGAAGUUUGCAGAAGGGUUGCGACCAACGUUUUCUUUGAAAACACAAAUAAAACCUUGAGAAAAACUUCACGUCAACAUGGUCCAGUGGACAGAUGCCGAGCGUGCUGCCAUCAAAUCCCUGUGGGGAAAGAUCGAUGUGGGUGAGAUCGGACCCCAGGCUUUGGCCAGGCUUAUGAUCGUGUAUCCAUGGACUCAAAGACACUUCUCAAACUUCGGCGACAUUUCCACCAACGCCGCCAUCCUCGGGAACGACAAGGUGGCCGCGCACGGCAAGACAGUGAUGGGUGGGCUGGACCGAGCUGUGAAGAACAUGGACGACAUCAAGAACGCUUACACCCUGCUGAGCCAGAAGCACUCUGAGCAAAUCCAUGUGGAUCCUGAUAACUUCAGGCUUCUUGCUGAGUGCAUCAGUGUGUGCGUGGGUGCCAAGUUUGGCCCCAAAGUCUUCAACGCCGAUGCCCAGGAGGCCUGGCAGAAGUUCCUGGCUGUGGUGGUCUCCGCCCUGGGCAGACAGUACCACUGAGGCUCCGGAGUGACAGUUCACAUUCAAACAAUAUGAAGCAGCUCUACAAGUGUUUCCCAAAUGUGCUGUUGCCAAAUGCACUAAAUAAAACUUAAUUUAAAUCACA